AUGGAGACCGAGAGAUUGCCUUCGUCACUUGAUGAGGUAGAAGCUCUCAUCCAUCAAUUGUACAAGCCUGGUCCUCCCGAGAGAGUGUUAAAGGUUAACGAAACUCUUCAAAAGCUACAGCGUUCUCCUGCUGGUUGGGAUUUGGCCGAUGGCUUAUUAGGAAGAAGCUCGGAAAAUGUUAAAUUCAUUGGAGCAUUGACCUUCACCAUCAAGCUUAACACAGACUCGCAAUCUCUAAAAGAUGAAGAUGCACAAGUUGUGCUACAAAAGAUCAUCGGAUGGCUCAUCAAGUGCCUAAAUUCUGGCUGUGGGCCACUUGUAAUCAGAAAACUGUGCACAACAUUAGUCACUUACUUUCUUCAUUUCUCUGGCUCUUGGGCUCGUUGUGUUUCUCAUCUUACAUAUUGCCUAUGCCUUGGUGAGGCUGUUCCUUACCAUAAACUCGAAGAUGCUCCUUCUAUGGAGAUCCUCGCCCAGAGUCUAUCAGAUGACAAAAAUAUGGCAAUACUGUGGUUCUCCGCAACCUUAGUAGAAGAAGUGGGAAAGACGGAUUCAAACUCAAUGAAGCAACAUAAAUUCCACGAGCACGUGGUCCAAAAUGUUGAUGAUAUUGUCAUCAUCAUGACGAAGGGCAUUGUCAAUACGACAGGGGCUCCUCUCAACAAUAAAAUUCGCCAGGAAUCAAUGAAGUGUUUUCAGUCAUGGGUCCUUUACUCUCAUCGUGCAUUUCUCGAUGCCGCCAUUAUUCUUAAUCCUUUGAGAACUCUCACUCAGCCUGCAUUGAUGCUAAUUAUCGACGAUGACCUUUACGCAAUCACCGUAGAGCUGUUCACGGACAUUCUAGCCAACUAUUCGUCCUUCCUUUCUGAGAACGAUUUUGCCAUGUUAUACGAUCUCUUUAGUAGCUCUUGGGCACAGGAAAAAUACACAAGAUUGAUCCAAGGUGAUUUUGACUUUGACUCACUGCAAUUUGGUCAAUUUCUGUUAAGCUUUGGCGAUGCUACAGUGCAAGAUCUUGCCCAAAAUAUCACCACCGACCCUCGAAGUCAGCAGAUACUCUCGGCUCUUGUAGGACUACUAGGUGCGGAUGGUUACAUUGUCAGCGAAGACAGGAUAUUUGUCCCAGCAGUAGAGUUUUGGGCUAUUUAUCUUGAAACUGUGCUUGACCUGUCAUAUAACGUUGAUGCCUCGCCUGCCUGGCUGCCAGCAGCUCGAUCAAUGCUGAUGCAAGCAAUUGAGAAGUGCUGGCAUAAAAUGCAAUUCCCGCCGCAACAUAUAUUCAGCUCGUGGGAUUCAAGCGAGCGUGCUGGCUUCAAAGAUGCUCGAAGAGACGUUGGAGAUCUUAUACAGCAAUCUUACAUGCUACUUGGAUUGCCACUUGUUUCAUCCUUCGUCGACCUUAUCCUAAAAUCGGCUGAGAAGGAAAAUGCUUGGGGCGAACUUGAAGCUUCGUUAACCUGCUUGGCUGAAUUUCAAGACUACAUCAAGGAGGAGUCAGACGAUUACCUGGACAAAGUUUUUGGAUCCCCAUUAUUCUCUAUGCUCGCAAAGUCCGACUCGAAUGUUCCUUCGCGUACAAGGCAGGCAUUUCUCAUGGUUAUCAAUGGUUACCCGGACUACUUCGAACGCCAUGUACAACAUCUUCCAAGCGCCCUUAAUCUUAUGUUUAGCAUGCUACAUUCACCAACGUUAGCUAGAGUAACAUCAAAGUCCAUUGCCAUGCUCUGUUCAUCUUGUCGUAAAGUACUUGUUCCUGAACUUGCUGCAUUCCUACAGCAAUACAGCGAGAUAACUCGAAAAGAUUCGAUGGAAAGUUACGCAAAAGAAGGUGUCAUUGGCGCCAUAGCAUCGAUCAUUGAAGCAAUGCCAAAUGAUGAGUUGAAGCUAGAUCCUCUCAGGCAAUUAUUGGAUUUUGUCCGGAGGGACCACGAACGGAGCCUUCAUUUAUUGGGCUCACAUUUCACAAACGUAGCCUCAAAUAUACCUGUACCCGAUGGUCAAGUUGCCGCUGAUGAGAUUGCACUCACUGCGAUACGAUGUCUAACGAGUAUUGGAAAAGGUCUUCAAGUACCUGCCGAUACACCCGUUGAUCUCAACAGUGAUGAAAAUAGUUAUUCAUAUUGGAAGAAUGGUAAUGGCAGAGAAAUUCAAGUACAGGUGCUGAGCAUUCUCACGGCAACUAAUGAAGCUUUCCCUAUCCAUGGCGAAAUCAUUGAAGAGAUCUCGCAUGUUUUCCGCACUGGCCUAGUUGAAGAUGACGGCCCAUUUGCUUUCCCUCCCGAAGACGUCGCGAAAUCCAAUUAUCAAACACCUCGUGUUAUCACAGUCAUCAAUACGGCCUGCUCACUUGUCAACUCUUGUAGCACAGCAUCAGGGAGGCGUGGUGGUGAAGUGCUGAGUGCUUUAUUGACAUGGAUCUCGGGGCUGAUGGAAGCUAUCAAUCACGAGCCCAGCAAUGAUCCCGAAAUCUCCCAACCAAGUAUCGAAUUUCUUCAUCGUCUAAUCGCUACCCCAAAGAAUCUCAACAUCCUCCUAAACCACGAACCCAAAUCCUCCCUUGAACAAAGUUUCAUGUUCACCCUCAAAGCCCUCACAGGCCGCGAUCCACUACCCAAACAAAGUGCCGCCGAAUUCUGGUCCUCAUUCGUAUCCCUCCCCAUCAAUAACCCAGACCCUCACAUCCAACAUGCCAUCACCAACGCACUACAACAUCUCGGUCCCCUCCUCUCCCAAGCACUCAUCUACAACAUCGGUGGCGCAGCCGCUCGCAGCGAACUCGAUAAACUUUCCGACCCUCUGCGUAAACUUGUGGUUAGCCAGGUGAGAGCGAAAAGUUGGCUAGAGGCUGCACUGAUGGAUGGGAAUUUUCCCAGUGACAAGGUAGAUCAGAAGGAGAAAAUGGUGUUUUUGUCAAAGGUUAUUAAUCUUCGUGGUGCCAAGGGAACGAAUGCGGUGGUUAGGGAAUUUUGGUUAGCAUGCAGAGGGUCGAAUUUCGCUUAUGUUUCUUGA